GAAAUAAUUAAUUUUUCUUGACUUGUUGGAAACGAAAUGUGCUUAUUCCUUCUAUUUCUUCCUGCUCAAGAUCAUUCAAAUCAAUAGCACCAUUCUCAAGUCUCAACCUCAACAACACACUCUCUCUUCAAUCGCUGCUUUCGUCUUUCCCUUUUCUGAUCAAAAUGUCUCGAAGAUAUGAUAGCCGUACAACAAUCUUCUCUCCUGAAGGACGUUUGUACCAAGUGGAGUAUGCAAUGGAGGCCAUCGGGAAUGCUGGUACUGCAAUAGGAAUCUUGUCAAAAGACGGGGUUGUUCUGGUUGGUGAAAAGAAGGUGACAUCCAAGCUGCUUCAAACCUCAACUUCAACUGAGAAAAUGUACAAGAUUGAUGAUCAUGUUGCAUGUGCUGUCGCUGGGAUUAUGUCUGAUGCCAACAUCCUAAUCAACACUGCUAGGAUCCAAGCACAACGUUACUCCUUUGCUUACCAAGAGCCAAUGCCUGUUGAGCAGUUGGUUCAAUCUCUCUGUGAUACUAAGCAAGGAUACACGCAAUUUGGUGGUCUCCGUCCGUUUGGAGUCUCUUUCCUGUUCGCAGGCUGGGACAAAAAUUUCGGCUUUCAACUUUACAUGAGUGAUCCAAGUGGAAACUAUGGCGGUUGGAAAGCCAGUGCUAUUGGUGCAAACAACCAGGCAGCACAGUCAAUUCUAAAACAGGACUACAAGGACGAUAUCACAAGGGAAGAAGCAGUUCAACUUGCAUUGAAGGUGCUGAGUAAAACUAUGGACAGCACUAGUCUUACCUCAGAAAAGCUCGAACUUGCAGAAGUUUUUCUUUCACCCUCUGGAAAAGUCAAGUAUCAAGUUUGCUCCCCAGAGAAUUUGACUAAGCUUUUGGUGAAGUCUGGGGUGACCCAACCAGCAACAGAUACUGCUUAGCUUGCUGUUCCAUGUCAUUGGUAAUUUUAAAUUAGAUGCACAUUUCCGACGUGAAACUGUUCCUAAUUUAUUUCAAUGUUAAAGUUUGUAGACUUCUCAUAUCUCGGUGAUGCUAAAUUGCUAAUGGAUUUUUAUUACAUAUAUGCUUGUUUGGUUUCAAGGACAUCGAUCUACGACAUUUUCUUCUGUGUAUCUAUUUUGGUUUCUACUGA